CUUUGUCCUGCGGUUUCAGCCAAUCCCUGCGCAGUGCUGUGUCUGUAAUCCAGCCCCUGUCCUGCAGUGUCUCACAGAGAGAGAGAGAGAGACACAAGUUGUAGAGAAAGACGAGAACAAGAGGGAGAGGCGGUGAUGUCAGAAUGAGUCUGCAACAUAACAGUCCAGCGAUGGAAACAUAAGACGCACCAGAUAGAUCGAUAUAUCGGUGAUCAGACAGACUGCCUAUCAGUUCGGGAGUGGAUGUGAGGUGAGUGUGAAGAAGAAAGGAAAGAGGGAAGAAGAAAAGGAGGAGAAACAUGAGUCGGCAGCAGCAGCAGUCCCAGGGAGUGGUUUUAACGGGUUACCACAGCAACGCGGAACUGUUGCCGAAAACUGGACCGUGUCCUCCAGGGUGUCCGUCAGUCCUGGAGUCCAACGCGCCCAGCCGCAGAACAGGACACUACACUGUUCAACAGAACCAGAACACACAACAUGGAGACACCACUAGUACAAAAACCACCGGAACUGAUCCAUUGUCUAUCCCCAACCCAAGUGUUGCCCCCUGCCCCAAGUCUCAGCAUUCCUCCAGCCCUAAGCCGGGCUCCAGUCCCAAGCCGGGCUCCAGCCCCAGACAUAGUCCCAAUUGCAGGUCCAGACCUCGCCCUACGUGUCAGCGCUGCAACUCUCAGGACUCUCUGGAUGAGCUUGAAAUGGACGACUAUUGGAAGGAGGUGGAGAAUAUCACUCGCACAGGCGGAGGAGCAGGGAGGGGAGAAGGUGGAGGAGAAGGGGAAGUGCAAGAGGAGGAACAGCAGAAAAUUCCUGAGGAAGGCGAACAGGAAGAAGCGUGGCUUACAGAGGCUGGGCUAGCACGGCUGUUUGAUGAUUCACUGGCAGCUGACGUGGAUCAGGAUGUAGACAGCGCAGUGUUCCUGUCCACACUGACUAGAGCUCAGGCGGCAGCUGUUGAACGCCGUGUGACAUCACUACACCAGACGUUACGACGACGCAACCGGCAACAUGUUCCUGAUGUCAGAGAUAUAUUCAGACCUCCUGAAAAGAUUGAGGAGCCUAGUAAACUCAAAGGAGGAAGCGAGAACGGACAAAAAGACGUCACUUCUGCCGAAACGGAGACAGAGCUGAACCUUGAAGUGGCGUUUUCAGAGCAGGCGCUCACUUACAGGGAGAACCAUCAAAGGUUAAGAGUCACCACUAGCCCAAACUCACCUGACGACAAAUUACCGAACUUCAAGCUGCUCCGAGAUAAAACAGGUCAGACCAGAAUAGGAGAUCUGUCUCCACUGGAUAUGAAAAAGGUGUGUAGACUAGUGCUUGUGGAGUCCACUGCUCUGUUUGACACUGCUGGGAUAGACCUCAAGGCUCACAAGGCUGUCAAAGUUAAGACUAGAGAAAAUGGCCUUUUUGGUGUUCCUCUUACCACUUUACUGGAUCAGGACCAGAAGCGAGUUCCUGGGACCAAAGUGCCAUUAAUACUGCAGCGGCUCAUUAGUCAUAUUGAGGAUGAAGGAUUAGACACCGAGGGACUACUACGGAUCCCUGGAGCGGCCACUAGAGUCAAGUCACUGUGCCAGGAGCUCGAGUCCUCUUUCUACGACGGGUUUCCAUGGCAACAGUUGAAACAGCAUGAUGCUGCUAGCCUUUUGAAGCUGUUCAUCAGGGAGUUACCGCAUCCAUUACUGACUGUGGAGUACCUCAAUGCUUUUAUUGCCGUCAACAAGCUCCCCACAAAGAAGCAACAGCUGCAGGCUCUGAACCUGCUGGUUCUCUUAUUACCCUCGGCCAACCGAGAUACUUUGAAGGCACUUGUGGAGUUUUUCCAGCGUGUCAUUGACCAUCAGGCCAAGAAUAAAAUGACCCUCAACAAUGUCUCUGUUGUCAUGGCACCCAACAUCUUCAUGUUCAAAGGCUUCCGCUCCAAGGUGACGGAGCAACAGGAGUUCUCCAUGGCAACCAGCACGGCCAACAUCGUCCGGCUGCUGAUUAGAUACCAGAAUCUUCUAUGGACGAUCCCCAAGUUCAUUGUGAACCAGGUCAGACAACAAAACAUGGAAAGUCAGCGGAAACAGAAUAAAGAGAGGGCUGUAAGAAAGCUGCUGAAGAAGAUUACCACCGACAAACCGUCUGAUAAAGCUGUCCCCGAGGAGAGUUCGCAGGGAUUUAUUCGAGUCCAAGCACCACAGUUCAGUAAAGUGUCUAUGGCAGUGCAGCUUACUGAAGAGCUGCAGGCUGCUGAUGUGUUAACACGCUUCCUCAGCCAGGACAGUUCAGUGGUAGUGAAGCGAGAAGAGCUGUGUCUCUAUGAGAUUGGUGGAAACAUCAAGGAGAGAUGUCUAGAUGGGGAAACGUAUAUGAAAGACCUCAUCCAGCUGAACCCUACAGCAGAAUGGGUCAUCAAACCCUUGCAGAGAUAAACCUGCUGCUCCAAAUCUGCUGCUUCACCACUGUGUCCUACUGAAGAAGAGACAUCACUUGAAUCUCUGUGGUAUCUGCUGGUUCUGGAUCUACUUGAACCAUUCACUUUGUAGCGAAGACAUUUCUGAACACAGCUGGUCAUGUUCACACCGUUUGUUAGCUUUGAAAACUGCCAAAAAAAAAAAAAUCAAAGUAAUACGGCAGUGUUAAAAACGUUUGGUCAAAUCUGUGUGGAAAUACUUGAACAGCCAGAUUGUGAAACAAGAAAAAGGGAAAACCAUGUGCUUGGAGUAACGAUAACACAGACUUUUCCAUUUUUUUCCCCCACCAUGCCUUAUGCUACAUAUUGGGAUUUUGGGCCUCAGGUACUACUAGCUCUAAAGUAUCAGACAGUUGUGCAGGGGUAAGAAAACCACUUGUUGUCCUCUCUGGAGUCCCGACAGACCACUGUUGUACCCAGUUUGUUACAGCAAUUGAGCCACAAUAUUGUGCUUCUUAAUAUUAUGUGAUACUGUAAGUAUUACAGUUAUAUACUGUGAUUUAUUGCCACUAAUCACUUUGUUGUGUCUGGAGUAAUAAGCUGAAAUGAUUUUAUUAAAUCCUGAAUUAAUUACAUGACAUAAAUACAUGUCUAAAAAUUUGAGAUUAUUGGCUUUUGUUUAUUUAUAUUUUUAUUAAAAGCCCUAAAGAGUAAAAUGUUUGUAUGUAAGCACUUCACUGUCACUGGUGCGUCCAAAGGUGGAUGAGGAGGAGGCGGCCCUUAUGUGGCAUGCUUCAACAGUGACCGCAAAACUUCUCAUAAAACCGACGUCACUGACAGCUUAAUAGGGCACGCAAUGAUGACAUCACUGUUUUUAUUGGUACAUUAAUAUUGUACCAUUGAUGUUUGAGUGUGUUAAUGAGUGAAUCCAUCUUCAAAAACUGCUUCCCACUGCAGUGUCCAAAUAUGAACAAACACAUUUUAACAUUUUUUUAUAUAUACAUUAUAUUUAGUAGCCUGUGUGUAAGCUUGCAUGGAAUUCAUGUUCAAGUCAAUUGCCUUACAAGUUUUGUACCAAAGAUUUGAUCAUUUUAAAUAUAUGUUGGACUCUUUAGUGAUGAUUUUGAAGAAAUAAAAGUGUUAUAAAUGGCCUUUUUAAAUGAUACACUCCCACAUUAUGGGUUACAAAAGUAUCUGGACACUAAUACUUUUGGCUUUUGUUGUUUUGAUUUUUGGCUCUCUUCUUUUCACAGUCUGGAUGGAUGUGAGUUUUCACACAUGAUCCAGAAACAGAAAAUCUCCAUCUUUUCUUUUUGGCACAUUGUAUCUGUUCUUUUCUUGGCUUUAAGCAAAAGUCUAAUCUGAUUCUGUGUGGUUUCUCAGUUUCGACAGCUUGCCGAGGAUCAUAUCUGCGCCACAAAAGUAGCAAACCUCGCAGAUGUUUCUCUUGUGGAGGGCUGGCAAGUGUCACUGUCACUAAACCGAAAACCCUGCCUUGUAUUAUGUUUACUGUGAAUGUUUUGUUUUCUUUCUCUGAAAUGACCACUAAAACAUCCUGUAAAUAAACAUCCAAUUAUUAAUUAUAA